UUGCCAUUGAUGAUCAUCAUUAUAAUAUAAUCUUAUAUUUGUUGAUUUUGGUUUGGAUUCAUCUAUUCGGCUUUUGUCAAUUUUUCAUCUUUUUUCAUCUUGUAUUCCUCCUUUUUGUGUUCACUCAUUUCAUUCAAUCAUCACAAAUGUUUUCUCCGGUUGUGAACAAUUUUAUAAGCGAACAAGCUGCCGUCGUUGCAUCGAAUAAUAUACAUGGAAUGCCAUCAUCAUAUUCAUAUCAUUUUCGUCCUAAUAUCUCAUCAUCAUCAUCUUCGUCGUCCUCAUUUUUGGCAACAUGUCGACGAAGAAGUCAAGACAUUACCGGGCAAAUCAAACAUCUUAUUCAAUUACCUACAUCAUCAUCAUCAUCAGUAAAAUUUUCAUCCGGAUCUCGUCGGCCUAGUCUGCCAGCAAUCUUGUUAUCAAUCCGUGAAAACGAUGGAACAUUGGACAGUGGUGAAUACCAUAAUCAAACAAAAAUUGACACAACAACAACGAAUACAACCGACAAUUAUCAUCGUAAUAGCAAUCAUAAUAAUAACAACAAUAAACAACAGUCGAAUCAUUCAUUCAAUCAAUCGACAAAUUUACGUGAAAAUUACCUAAAUUUUUCUACAUCUACCGAAACGAAUACGAAUAAUAAUAAUUGCAACAAUCGGCCACCAGCAAUUCGUAGUAAUUCAUCUGCUAGUUCAUUGUAUCCAUCAUUGAAUUCCAACAAUAACAAUAUACAACCAUCACCAAACUCAUCAUCAUCGCCAACCAAAUCAUUUACUGGGAAUCCAAAUCUUCGCCAAAGACGUGGUGCAAUGGUCUCUUGUGACAAUCUUCUGGCCGACAGUCAUGAACUGUUUGGUGGUCUCGGUGGUUCAGAAAGUACAUUGAAAAAUUUGAAAAAUUCGAGCCGUAAAAUUGGUGGCAUUUUUUCCAUACCAUUUAAAAGUGAUACGGAAAAAAUGGAACAAUUAUCCGAUCUAUUAAAGCAAUAUGCCGAAAAUGGUAUACCAGAUCCUAAACAUUUAUCAUUCGUUGCAAGUACGAAUAAAUUAAAUCAUUUAAGAGCAUCAUCAUUAUCGAUAUCAAGUAUGAUAACUGGCGGAUGUAGUGGAAAUAUCAGCCCAAAUACACCAACAACAAUGAAUUCUACAACGCCCACAUCGAAUACGUCAUUAUUAUCGACGGCAAAAACUUCGCUAUCCACUACCGAUCUUCAUCGUUUACAUCAACAUUCCAAUAAUAAUCCAUUAUCGAUGUUAUCUCAACCACAACAACAUCCUGGACAAAUAUUAUCAUCCACAUCAUUUGACCAAUCGGUUGAUUCAUAUUAUUAUUUAGAACCAGAAUGGCGUUCAAUCGUCGAUAAUGCUGACCAAUUACCUGCACGUAUUCAAAGUCAAAAUGAAGCCAUUUGGGAAUUAUUACAAACCGAAGUGUUUUACAUUCGUCGUUUAAAAGUCAUCAAUGAUGUUUGCAUAGCUUGUCUAUUAAAUCUACAAAAUGAAUGCCUUCUCACUGAGAUCGAUGUACGUAAUGUGUUCAGUAAUAUCGGCGAAGUCUACGAAGCGAAUCAUCAUUUCUGGAUGCGUUAUCUAUUACCAAUGUUAAAUUAUAGUCGUGAAACAAAGACACCAUUGAAUCCGACAAUGUUGGAAGAAGGAUUUCUACAGUUUGAUCAGAUAUUUCGCCCAUACAUUCAGUAUUGCUUGGAGCAUAGUAAAUGUUUGCAUUAUUUGAAAGAAAAACGAAAAUUAAAUGUAUUGUUCGAGGAAUACAUAUCGUGGUGCAGAAAACAUAAAGAUUGUGAACGACUUGAUUUGAUGGGCCUAUUGGUGAAGCCAUUCCAGCGUCUAACAAAAUACUCAUUGUUAUUGAAAGCAAUUCUAAAUAAGACUGACAAUGAAACGCAUAAAGAUUGCCUCAAUCGAAUGAUACAUUGUGUUGAUCGAUUUGUAAGUGGAGUUAAUGCCUCAAUGUCUAGAAAACAAGAAUACGACGCAUUAUCAGCUGUCGUAAGCCGUAUCGAGAGUUAUGAUGCUAUUGAUUGUAGCAAUGAUGAAGCUGAAAAGUUUCUCAAAGAAUAUUUAUAUCUUGAUCUGAUGCAAACGAUGCCUGGAUGUUCACGACAAAAAAUUCGCCAUCUAUAUCUGGAAGAUACACUUAAACUAAAAGAUUCUACAAACAAACAAGAUGUACAUUGUUUUCUUUUCACCGAUGUAUUUUUGGUUUGCAAACCAUUAAAUAAGAAGAGCAGUGAUAGCCGCAUGAAAGUCAUUCGACAGCCAUUUAUCACCGAUCGAUUAGUUGUUCGUGAACUAAAAGAUAGUAGUGGAUUCUUGUUGAUCUAUCUGAAUGAAUUCAAUGUGGCUUGUACUUAUAUGUUAUUGUUCACAUCCGAAACAAGAAACUGGGUCGAACAGAUUAGAAAAGCACAAGAAGACUAUCGUAGCCUUAAAUUUUCAUCUAUCGAACCGGAACAUUGUGUAACAUAUCAGAAUAGCUAUGAUGAUGAAGUGAUCUACGGAAAUGGUCAUCAUCAAUUAUUCAAUGCAUCACCACGGUCAUCUAGCCGAUCAAGUCUGUUACAUUCACACAGUGGAUCACAAGAUAUGGGCGAUCAGCCUAUACAAACUAUCAAUCAAACAAUGACUACGACUGCAUCACAUCACCAGGUUAAUUGUAAUCAGCUUUCUAUUCAACAACAAUCGCCAAGGGCCGUCAGUUUUGAAUUAGGUGAUCUUCGUAAUCCUAGUUUGGUUGUCGAAGAUGCCGAUUCAUUUGCACGUUCACAAUCAUUUGAUAAUCGAUCACCAGUGGUUACAAUCACAUCACCACGACAUGAACGUCGAGCUUUUCUAUUACGAAGUCAACAACAACAACCACCGCAACAGCAGCCACAAUCGUUGCAUCAACAAGGCGCCAAUAGCAAUAGUGGUUGUGGGAACCAAACCAAUGUUGAUACUAGCGGUUCAUCAAAUUAUCUCAAUCAAAAUAGUCUUUCAGUGAAUGUUCCAUAUGUUCAACCAGUCAAUUCUGUUCCCGUUCAGGCACGUCAAUCUCGUAGAUCUGUGCCAAAUAUUUCGAAUAUGAAUAGUGGAAACCAAAACACUAUUGCAAUGAAUGAACCCACUUCCAAUUGUCAAUCGAAUAAUCCGCCAACAGCAACCAUUCAUGUGGCGGUAUAUCCACCACCAACUUCAUCACCACCACCGCCGCCGCCAUCACCACCGAAAAGGUCACCUACAAAAACAAUUACGAAUCGACCAUUACCACCAUUGCCUCCUCAAUCUGCAACCGUUUCACCACCAUUACCAUCGGUACCACCGCCUUCACCACCACCACCUCCUUCACCAUCAUUGAUGUCAAUUAGCUCACGAGGAAUACCUAGUCCAAUGACAAUGACUGUCAAUAAACCACCAUUGGUUAAAACGAAAAAUAUUUCAUAUGGCGUUGCCUCAAUGAAUUAUACGCCCGAUGCCAAAACCGUCGCUGUCGAAGAUGCUAAUAUUAAUAAUCUGGCACACAUAUCAUCAAAUAAUCAAAAUAGCUCUUUGGAUAAAGAGUCCCCAUCAUCAUCAUUAGAAUUGACUGGGUCAGAUAAUAAUAUUGAAAUGAAUGACUAUGACGAUACAAAUGAAGAUGAUACCAAAAACAAUCGUGGUCCUCAGCAAAAAAGGACUUAUCGUCCAGAUCGUCGUUAUCAUACGGCCGAUUCGAUUGAUCAUCUCAAAAAAGAGAAAGAUAAUUCCAUUCAUAAACGUCUGUCAUGGAAUUAUGGCAAUCAACACCAGAAGCAACAAAAUGUUCAGUGCCCACAUCAUCAUCAUCAUAAUCAGCAAUUACAAUAUGGACAACAACAAUGUUGCGGCGGCUGUAAUUCUUCGGCUCCUUAUUGUUCUUCUGGUGGUCAACCAUUACAGCCUCGAUCACUUGCAUCAACUCAUCAACAUCAGAAUAAAUGCCUUAGCACUGAAUCCAUUUGUAGCUCUAGCGGUUUCAGCAGUACUGCAUCCGUGCCAUUAAGUGUUGGAAGUGUUACAGAUAACCAGGGCGAUCAUUGUAGCUGUUGUUCAACUGUUCAUCAUUUGCAAUUACAUGAAGAAGAAGAAGAUAUUGAUAAUGAUUCGGUAAUGAAACGUGAUCAUUAUUAUCGUAAAACAACGAGAAAACCGUCCACUUCAUCGGAUCGUGAUUCGGCUCUUCCAAUAAGCCCAUCAUUAAUUGAUCAAAAUUCAACUCCGCCAAUAUAUUAUCAGCAUGAACAUUCAAAUUCACAAUGUAGUAUUGUAGACCAUUGUGGAGUUGAAGAUAUACCUAAAUCACCAGCUGAUAGUCCGGAUAUAAAAAUCGAUGUCCGUGAAAUGAAAGAUGGGAUAUCAUCUGUUCAGAUUACAUUAACUGGUGGAUCAAAUACAGUGACACGACCAUCAAAAGCCGAUUUAAAACGUAUGAAAGAAUUCAUAUUUUCAAAUUGUAAUUUGGAAUCCUCAGAGGUGUGAUCUCCUAAUUUGGUAAUCUUUUUUUCAUUAUCAAAUUAUAUUCGACACAAAAGUGGAUGAAAAUUCAACUUGAUCAUCACGUUUGUUCGCAUUUGAUGAACACGGGAACAUUGAAAUAUGGAUCGCAUUUUUUUGGCUGGAACGCGCUGAUUUUUACUUGAAAACAGUGUUUUUUUUGAAGAAAGAAACUUUCAAUUCCUGUUUGUUCAUUGUUGUUUUUUUUGUAUUUUAUGACAAAGUUUUUAUUUUGGUUAAAAAAUAUACAAGAAAAAAAUUGAAUUGAAUGGUAUCAUUGUUAUGUAAUGUGAAUUGUUUUUGAAAAAUGUUAACCCAAAUGAAUACAUUUAUGUAAACGAAAAAUACAAACAACACAUAUACUCACUUACACACUCAUGAAUACCAAUGUAUUAGUUUCCAUAGAAAGAUUAUUUCUCAUUACGAUUUUAUUGUUUUUCAUUUAAUAUUUAUCUGAAAGAAAUAAACACAGAAAAAUCACCAUAACGGAAUUAUUGUUGCACAAAAUAAACCACUAGAAGAAUGAUCUAUAUAUGAGCUUAGUUGACACAGAAAUUCCAUCGUAAUAUAAAACUUUGUUAGCCGGAAAUUUUAUUCAAUACGAAUAUAUACACUUUUUCUGUAUCAUUUAUGUAUCAAAACAUACUAUGAACAUGAUUGAAAACAAAAUAGUUCUUUUGACAUUCCAUUGCACGUUGUAAAAGAUCCGUUUUGAAUAUUGAAUUUUUAUGAUCACGAUGACAACUAUUAUCUUCGGUCGAUUUUCUCCUCCGCGACUGAGAAUGAUGAUUAAUAUUCGCCUCAUUCAGAGUUGAAUGUGUUCGUCGAUCACUUUCGUGAUUGGAUGAUGAAUAAAGAUUUGCUCUAGAACUAGUUGAUGGAAA